AAUCCAUUUCCCCCUUUUCCUUCUCUCCUCUAGGGUCAGUCGAGUCGGAGGAGCGGAGAAGUGAUGGCGGUGCAUACAGAAACUGACCGAGCAAAGUUUUAGUAGCUCUGAAAAAGUCUUUAGAUCCGCACGAAAGGGAAAAAGCCGUCAAUUUUUUGGAAAGCUGGCGGAUGACUGAAGUGCUCGGGAGCUUGACUGUGGGAAACGUUUACUGCUAUGCUCGCGCGCGACUUGUACUUGGCGACGGCAGAAUUUUUGGGAGCCGUGGUUACUAGUUUGUGAACUUCGGAGAGAGAGCUAACGCGUUAGCACAGCUCUUUAGCCUGCUCGUGUAAAGUGUUUUAACCAGCUAGAGAAUGCCUAUAUUGGGGUUUUGUACUAGUAGACACGUAAGUUAACAAGUAAAUUAUCUUGGCUAGUGAAAUAAUCGUGUGUAAAUUUAGCUUGAUUCAUUCGUCUGAGAUGAGCAGGUACUUUGCACCUGUAGCCUCACGGCUUGAAAACUCUCUCGACUUUCCUGGUUAGGUAUGUUGUUUCACUUGUAUUUUUACAAAAAAAUUAAAUUAGUUUGUGCUUUUGGUGGCGCAUGAAUCGACGGAAUCAGCCUGAUAAUGUAGUUUUUACUCUCUAAAGUUAAAAGUUCGUAUUCCGGCUAAAGCUGAUGUCCGAGCUUCAGAGACAAUUCGCACUCCCAGAUUGGUUAGCUGGCUUAUGUGGAAACAAAGCAAUGCGUCUCUUAACCUCUAUUAAGCCGGACUUGACCUGAGCCACUCUCUAUUAAUGAUAUAAAGUGACCUGGCUAGGGUUGUUAGGAACUUUUUGUGCGUGUGUGUGCCAUUGGGGAAUACGACUACUGGACUAGUUUGCUUUGAUUUGACAUCACGGCACCCUAUGGUGCUCCUGCAGGCACCGAGACAUGGAUGUUCCCCAGGCCGUUUUCCCAAACGGUGAGGGGCGCCUGAGCCUCCAAGACCAUGUCUGGACGGAGUCCUCCAACUCGAGGGCUUGGGCUCACUCUGCCCCCGUGUGUUCCCGCUCGCUCUGGACGGCGGUGUUUGACUACGAGGCCAGCGGGGAGGACGAGCUCAGCCUGCGGCGAGGAGACGUGGUGGAGGUCCUGUCUAAAGACGCUGCCAUCUCGGGAGACGAAGGCUGGUGGACUGGUAAAAUUAACCAUCGCGUGGGCAUCUUUCCAUCUAAUUAUGUUACUUACCAACCAGCUAUUUACAGAGCGGUAGGGGCUCGCGAGAGUGACCCGCCCGACCCUGUUCGGAUACCUUUUUCUGAACUCGUUUUACAAGAAAUCAUCGGCGUCGGAGGGUUUGGGAAAGUCUACCGGGGGACCUGGAAUGACCAGGAGGUCGCGGUGAAGGCAGCUCGACAGGACCCCGACGAGGACAUUAAAGCUACUGCAGACAGUGUUAAGCAAGAAGCCAAACUUUUCUCGAUGCUUCAACAUCCCAACAUUAUCAAACUGGAGGGGGUGUGUUUGGAGGAGCCCAACCUGUGUCUUGUCAUGGAAUAUGCCCGAGGAGGGACUCUGAACCGCGCCUUGACGGGCAGGAGGAUCCCCCCUCAUAUCCUCGUGAACUGGGCCGUCCAGAUCGCCAGAGGCAUGCAGUAUCUCCACGAGGAAGCCGUGGUUCCCAUUAUUCAUCGAGACCUGAAGUCCAGCAACAUUUUAUUACUUGAAAAAAUUGAGAAUGAUGACAUUGGUCGAAAAACCCUGAAGAUUACUGACUUUGGCCUUGCUCGUGAGUGGCACAAAACGACAAAAAUGAGUGCUGCCGGCACUUAUUCCUGGAUGGCUCCUGAGGUCAUCAAGUCCUCUCUGUUUUCCAAAGGGAGUGAUGUCUGGAGUUAUGGAGUCCUCCUUUGGGAAUUACUGACUGGAGAGGUUCCUUACCGUGGCAUUGACGGUUUGGCAGUUGCCUAUGGAGUUGCUGUCAACAAAUUAACCCUUCCCAUUCCAUCUACCUGCCCCGAGCCUUUUGCCAAGCUCAUGGAGGAAUGCUGGGAGCAGGAUCCCCAUAUUCGUCCGUCCUUUGCUUCCAUUUUGGAGCAGCUGACUGCCAUAGAGGAGGCUGUGAUGGCCACCAUGCCACAGGACUCCUUCCAUUCAAUGCAGGAGGACUGGAGAGUGGAGAUCCAGGAAAUGUUUGAUGAGCUACGAACUAAAGAAAAGGAGCUCCGUUCUCGUGAGGAGGAGCUGACGCGAGCAGCACUUCAACAGAAGUCACAUGAAGAGCUGUUGAAGAGGAGGGAACAGCAGCUGGCCGAGCGGGAAAUUAAUGUGCUUGAGCGUGAGCUCAACAUCCUCAUAUUCCAACUCAACAAGGACAAGCCCAAUGUUAAGAAAAGGAAGGGCAAGUUCAAACGCAGCCGCCUCAAGCUCAAAGAUGGCAACCGCAUCAGCUUACCCUCAGAUUUUCAGCAUAAAAUCACAGUUCAGGCCUCUCCAACUAUGGACAAGAGAAGAAGCCUCAAUAGCACCAACUCCAGCCCUCCCAGCAGCCCUACACUGAUCCCUCGCCUCCGAGCCAUUCAGUUGAGCCCCCCAGGUGAGACUAGUCGAAAGGGAAGUAUGUUUGUGUAUCACCAGGAUGUGGAUAUCACAAGCGAGUGUAAACCUCCUAGCGGGUUUAAGAAGAAAGUGACCCUUGACGAGAGCAAUAGGACAUGGGGUAGAAGCACCAAUUACAAACCUGAGGAGUUUGAAGAUGUUAAGAAAGGGUUCAAGAAGAAGGGCCGCACAUGGGGACCGAGCUCUGUGCAGACGAAGGAAAGAGGAAAUUGUGCUGAAAGAGUUCGACCUCUCUCAGAUGGAAGCAGUCCCUGGUCCACUAGUCUUAUGAAGUCCCAGAAAUCUGUUCCAUUGGCUGCAUUAUUUGCAGAGCAGGGAACCAGUAAAGAUGAAGUAUGCUCUGCUGAUGGAUCUGACAACAAACCAAAGCAACUCAAGUUCCCCAACCAGGUGUAUAUCGAUCUACCUCUGUGGAAAGAUGAACAGGUGGAGAGCCAGGGGCCGGCUGGUGGAGGUGAGAGCCAGGAGGACCCAACAACAUCGACAAGUUCCACCAGCACCACACCUCAGCACACACCCACCAACAGCCUAAAGCGCAGCACCACGUGCCGGCGCACAGACUCUGUUCUCUAUGGCUGUGCCUCCAUCCUGGCAUCUGUCGCAUUCGGCUUUGACUUGCGAGAGGUCUGUAAGGGUGCUACCAACGAGGAACCGGAGCCACGUGAGGAGAAGAAAAAACGAGAGGGGCUUUUUCAGCGUGCUACUCGCUUCCGCCGCAGCACCAGCCCCCCUGGUGGCCGUUCACGCAAGGACGAGGUUGCCGCAGGGCCCGUAAACCUGCUCGCCAUGUCAUCGAUUUCUGAGUGCAACUCCACCAAGUGCCUCCUACAGUCUGAUUUUGAGGGGUCUGUGUUUAACCUAAUGAACGAGACUCCAACUAGCAAUUCCCAGACACAUCAGAAUACAGGCACUAGUGAUGUUCUUCCCUCAACCCCUGUACAAGAUCUCACUUCUGGAUCCAGUUCUCGGCUUAGGAGAAAGAAGUCCAGUCCUGCUGUGUGUCAAACCAUUAACGGCAGCAAUAACUGCCAGGCCAGUCCAACUGAUUCCUCUACCACUACUGCAAAAAAGAAGGCUGACAGAGAGUCUGCUCAAGAGAAGGAACCAGUAUCUAGACCCAGACCGCUUUCCCUAAGAGGCAAAUCUCACUCCUGGGGUCUUCUGAAGAGUCGCAAUAAGAGCUAUUCACUCGGGCACUACUCUGGGGAGAAGAGUGCCCAAAACUUGGACGUGGUGCUCCCCUCAGAGGUCAAAAUGGGCUGCUCUUUACUGGACAUGGACACAGAGGGUCAAAAACGGGACUGCACGGUUCCCCUCUGUCGAAUACAGAGCACACCAAGUCGGCCGUCUGUCUUUGAACUGGAGAAAGAGUUUUUAUCCUGAAAUAAGCUGCAUCUGGAACACAAUCUUACUUUCAUCUCAAAUCUCUGUUCCACAUGACAUUUUAGUUGUUUUGUUUUUCCAAGAUUAACAUCAUGGCCUUUGAAUAUUUGAGCCAUUGCUGCUGGAGAUAUUCUGUGGUACAUUUAUUUAUAUGCUGUUUACUUUGAUAUGUAAUUUAAUAUGAAGUGACAUAUAUGAAGUGAAUGAUCAACAUUCCACUGAAUUUACAGUAGAAUUGCUGGUUUUUAUGCAGUGAUUUGAUCAGUACACAUGAACAAAAUCUCAGAUUCUGUUAGAAACUACUGAUUUUUAAAAAAAAAAAAAAGUGUUCAGGUGUUUUUGUCAUUUGAUUCUGUAUCAUGUAAUGUCAUGUGAAAGACAUAAACAGGGCCCACAGUGUUUAUAUAGUAUAAUUAUUAAUAGAUGUACAGAUGAAGUUCCAUCACUGAUGUGAUUGACCAGACUAACAGACCUUAUGUUGCUAGCUCAAACAGUGCUUUCAUGGAUCAACUUGAAUUUCCCUACCUAGCUCAUUAUUUUUCCUAUACUAAUAAAUAUUUGGAAGGUUUUGUUUUUAAUGACCUUUUUUUUUUUUUUGCUUUUUUUUUUUUUCAACAUCAAUUUUUCCCUUAAAGCUAUAUUGGAUACCACCUCAUGGACCCUCACCUUUUUUAGCUUUAAUUCCAAGGCAUUUUAUCUAAUUAUGUCUUUUAUAAAUGUCUAUAGCUUUUAGGUUGCAUAACUAAUUUUGGCAGUAUUCUUGAUCAACCCAAAUGGGAAACAAAAAUAUACAGUAUAAUAUACAGUAUAUAUAUUGCGUUAUACUGCCAAAUGGUGAUGAAUGAACUAUAUUGAUAGUGUUUAUCAAUAUUGCUACUAUUUUAUAGAUCAUUUCUGUCCCUACAAACUCUAAAAAAAUUUUGUUGUUUGUUGUUAAAUAUCAGAUUAUACUAUAAAUUCACUAAUAAAUUAAUUGAAGCACCAGGAUGCUACUUAAAACUGUUACCAUCUGUGUAGCUUGAUUUUGAGUUUAUGCUGCAGUAGGUUCACAGAAUGUUUAGAGUUAUAAAAUAAAUAUACUUCAGCUUUAUACUAUAUCUUAGUGAUUUACACUGCUGCCACAAAACCCAAAUGAUCUUCUAGCUGAUAGCCUUUAUAUAUAUAUAUAUAUAUAUAUAUAUAUAUAACUCUUUUCUGAAUCAUUACCCUGUGUAGAGACUGAAUUAUUAACUUGUUCAUUGUCUUUUGUGGACUUAAGUAGUUCAGUAUCUUUCUUUUCAGUUCUCUGUGUGACAUUUAAAAAUACUGUUAUGUAUCUUCAAGAUGUGGAGACUGUGACUAGGAACAUGCACUAUUGAACAAAUUGAAACAUUUUGCGGUUAUAGCCUGUCACAUGGAAGAGUACUAUAACACUUAGUUUGUUGGAAAAGAUGUGUUUGAGAUACAACUCGCAUACAGUAUUGAAAAGCUUUUCCUUGUAGAGUGGACUAGAAUGAUUUACUGUAUUUAUGUAUACUGUAUUCAGAGUAAAUGUGCUGUUUGCUCAUAAAUGAUCACAGGUUUUCACAAUGACUUCUGUUUGAAAAUACCCAUUAUGUGGAGAUGUUUUAAGGGGAGAACAAAAUAUGUUGUGUAGCACUGGAAUUUUCGAGUCAUGUAAUGAUGAUUGUUCAUUACAUUUAUGCUGUUAUUAUAUUAGAUGCAAUGAUUACUACUAGUUUAGAUAUACAACUUGCACAUUAGGAUUCAUAAGAACAAAGGACUCGAGAGACAUUGUGGUGCCUCUUUUUUAUGUCUUGCAAUGAACAUUACUUUUAAGAUGAAGUAACAAUAAUAUGAUGCCUGUUUUUGAGGAAUUCAUUUGGUGUUAUUGUCUAAGCACAAUCACUUCUCCUGUCAUCGGAGAAUUGCAGAGAUCAAACCUUUAAAGGAGUUUUAUUUGGACCGAUUCCUAAAUGUGAAGGAUACAGAUGUGUAAAAGACAGAAAACCUUUAGUUUGGAAUUAAGCAGGAGAAUAUUCAUGUUUUCACCAAAGUUGAAGUCUUGGAUUGUGAAAUGGUUUUGAAAGAUUGUUACAUGGUUCACAUGCACUGCAAAUAGUUUUACUGGUUUUGCUUUUUAGUGUCUGCACAGUAUAUGUUGUAUUGAGCUCUGUUUUUAUCUAAUGUUUUACCCGUGUGAUCAAUUUAAUGUUAAAAGCUGUUCAGUUCAGAUGUGGACUGCUUAUUUGCUCCAGGAGGGCUCAAAAAAAAGGGCUGAGCCCAGAAUCAUCUCAUUUAUAUCAAAUUCUACUAUUUUACUGUACACAAGUGACCAAUAAAACCUUUAUACAACA